AAUGGCAUUAAAUUACGACAACUUAAUGGGGAUGACCUAAAACAGACUGACCUCGAGAGUGGACAUCCAGACGACAAGUAUAUUAAGACUAAAAAUAAAUUUACGAUUAAAUUCUGGAAGAAAAACAAAUUAAAAUCAACGGAUAAGUCAAACACAACUGAUUUGGCAAAAGAUGUCAAAAUUACUGAACAUCUUAUGGACAUCGAUACGGUCUGUGUCCGAUUGGGUACCGAUCGGGAAUCGGGUCUAACCGAAGCCGAGGCUGGCCUGAGAUUACUGAGGGACGGACCCAAUGCUUUUACGCCACCAAAACAGACUCAUUGGGCGCUUCUCUAUCUGAAAGAGCUGACCGGCGGUUUUGCCCUAUUGUUAUGGUUUGCAUCGAUAGCCAGUUUUAUAGCCUAUGGUGUAUCAAAAGAUAUGCAAAAUACAUACCUGGGCGUAGUGUUGGCAUUGACUGUAAUAUUAACAGGCACAUUUUCCUAUUAUCAACAAGCAAGUAGUAACAGUGUAUUCAAGUCAUUCAAAAAUAUGACACCACCUCAAACAACAGUGAUUCGUGAGGGACGUCGGCGUCAGAUACCGGCCGACCAGAUAGUGGUCGGCGAUCUUGUCUACUGUAAGGCCGGCGACCGGGUACCGGCCGACAUACGUAUCGUACGGUGCGAAAGCAUGAAAGUGGACAACUCGUCCCUUACGGGCGAAUCGGAUCCACUAUCCCGUAGUAUAGACGUCGGACACCAGAAUGCUCUGGAGUCAAGAAAUUUGGCAUUUUUUUCCACUAACUGUGUCGACGGUUCCGGCUAUGGUAUAGCUAUAGCUACCGGCGAUCGGACAGUUAUGGGCGAUAUUGCACGCCUGGUGUCGGGUAUUCAUAACGAUAAGACACCGAUUGCUAAGGAAAUCGAUCGGUUUGUGGCCAUUAUUACCGUUAUUGCCGUACUGACCGGUAUUAUCAUAUUUGCCAUUUCCAUGGGUUUCGGUAACGGUUUCUUUCAUUCGUUUACACUGAUGAUCGGUAUUACCGUCGGUAAUGUUCCCGAAGGUUUAUUGCCGGCACUGACCGUAUCGUUGACACUGACGGCCAAACGGAUGGCAUCCAAGAAUUGUUUGGUCAAACAUCUGGAAGCGGUUGAAACAUUGGGAUCGACAUCGACUAUAUGUACGGACAAAACGGGAACAUUGACACAGAAUCGGAUGACUGUCGAACACUGUUGGCUGGGGUUUGAUAUCAUCCGAGUAUCGCACGAUAGACAAGAAAUGGCCAAACAAUUGCCGCCGACUCAACCGCCGAUGAAUUGGUCGGCCUAUCGCCGAUGCGCUAUAUUGUGUUCCCGAUCGGAGUUUACCGACGAUAAUCCAGAUAUAAUGAAAAGAAGUUGCGCUGGCGAUGCCUCCGAAACGGCUAUCUUGAGGUUUAUGGAGUCAGUGGAGGGCCCGGUCAUGGACUAUAGGGUCCGAUAUCCGAAAGUUGCCGAACGACCGUUUAGUUCGACAUAUAAAUACCAGUUUUCAAUACACCGUAAUACUAGUAAUGAUGGCACGGGUGGCGGUGUCGGCAGUGGCGGCGGACAUUAUUUUCUGGUUAUGAAGGGCGCACCCGAACGUAUAAUCAAACUAUGUUCGCAACGAUUGGCCAUCGAUGGCCAGACAGUCGGGUUUGGCCAGGAAUUUGUGGAUGAAUUUGAGGAAACCUAUAGGGAAUUGGGUUCAAUGGGCGAACGGGUGUUGGCUCUAUGCGAUUAUGAGUUCCCCAGUCAACAGUUUCCUGCUGAGUAUCAGUGGAACAUUGAGGAAGGAGAGCCGUUUGAGAUGGCCAACUUUAGGUUUCUAGGACUGAUAGCCAUGAUUGAUCCGCCCAGACCUACAGUUCCCGACGCUGUGGCCAAGUGUCGCAGUGCCGGCAUCAAAGUCAUAAUGGUAACUGGGGAUCAUCCGAUUACCGCCCAGGCCAUUGCCAAAAUGGUCGGCAUAUUUACCAACUCGCACCGUAACUCGACAAGCAUUACGGUACCGACUGUCGAUCGGGUUGUCCGAAACAAUCGGUCGAUUGUAGUACCGGGCGAUGAAUUGACUGAACUCACCGAUCCGGAGCUCAGGGAGAUUUUGGACGGAUUUUCGGAGAUAGUAUUUGCCCGGACAUCACCCCAACAAAAGCUCCGGAUUGUCGAAAAUUGUCAAUAUUUAGGACAAAUAGUUGCCGUCACUGGCGAUGGUGUUAACGAUUCGCCGGCACUGAAAAAAGCCGAUAUCGGUAUAGCUAUGGGUAUUACAGGCUCUGAAGUGUCCAAACAGGCGGCAGAUAUGAUACUAUUGGACGACAAUUUUGCCACAAUAGUAGUGGGCGUUGAGGAAGGGAGGCGUAUAUUUGAUAAUAUGAAAAAAACUGUCAACUAUAUACUCACCGGAAAUGUUACCUCAGUCUAUCCGUUUGUCAUUUAUGUAUUGUUUGGCUUUCCUCUACCCAUUGGCACUAUUACCGUACUAUUGAUUUGUUUGGGUACCGAUAUGGUACCGGCCAUAUCAUUGGCCUACGAAAAAGCCGAAUCCGAUAUUAUGAAACUACCGCCGAGAAACCCGCGUACCGAACGACUGGUCAAUGAGCCACUGUUGUUGAGGUCAUACCUGUUGGUCGGUGUGAUCGAGUCGUGUGCGGGAAUGUUAGGCUAUUUCAUAGCCAUGGGCUACGAAGGUUUCAAACCGUCACAGUUAUACCAACUUAGACAACAAUGGGAUUCAGAGACAGCUAUUGUCAAUAGGUAUGGACCACAGGAUGAUUGGUGGACAGGACAUCCAACCCAACCGACUACAUAUAGCCAACGGACGGAUAUCUUAGCCAUAGCUCAGAGUAGUUAUUUCAUAGCCGUAGUUGUCUGCCAAUGGAUCGAUGUUAUAGUAUGCAAAACAAGGCGACUGUCCAUUUUUGAACAGGGAAUGGGCAAUUGGUUUCUAAACAUUAGUAUACUAUUUGAGACGGGGUUGGCCUGUCUUUUCUGUUAUACACCCCGACUGAACAGUGCCCUAACAGUAGCGCCGGUUAUCGGUCAGGUCUGGGUAUUUGCACUACCAUUCCUCGUAUAUGUACUGGUAUUUGAAGAGCUCCGGAAAGUGGUUGUCCGCCGAUAUCCCGAUUCGUUUUUCGGUAAAGAAAUGUUGGUUUAGACAAAAAACAACCGAUUGAUU